AUGACGGAUGAAUUAUUUAACUUGGUAUCUGAUCUCUGCUAUGCUUUCUUAUCUCUUAAUUGCUUUGACUGUAUGGGAUUAGUAUCGUUGCCUGAUAAAAAAGUAAUGUCAAGAGUCGAAAGCGAACUCCCUCAUUCAUCAGUAUCCUCGAACACUAAGAAGGUAUUGAGGGAGAAGCAACUUCACCAUUACAACUUUCAAUUAGAGAGUGAGCGUGAAUUAAAAGGGGGCUAUAUGCAUCCGGAAACUAGAGCUCAGAUAAUAGAAGCGCAGAAGAAACAGCAAGCGAUGGUUAAUAUUAUGAAGAAAGACAUCCGCCUUAAUCGUAGACUGCGCGAUUAUAAGGAAAGGUGUCGUAGUGAACAAGCAAUGAAAUCACAAAUUCAUAACAAUCGGAUAUCAUCAGCUCUUGCUCGUCGUUACUACCAGGACUAUGUUGUAAAUCAUAGAGCAAAAAUGCAAAAAAGAAGAACAAAAGAAGAAAAGAUAUUUAAAGAUACAUUUGAAGAAGCUUUGAAGAUACAGAAAGAAUAUCUUCAAUAUAUGACAAAGUAUACGAAAGAGCAAAGGGAAAUUCAUGCGAAGCAACGAAGGAAUGAAUUGGAAUCUCUCGAAAAUUAUUAUCGUGAUCAAUUUGCUAUGCUAUCAGAGAAAGUUUCUCGCCAAAAGGAUGAAUUAAAAAUCAAAGAGAAGGAGCACAAUAGAUCAAUCUUAGUUCAUGUAGUCGCAUUAGAGAUGAUUGCCGAGGCCUUUGCCAAUCUACGUAAAAAAUAA